AAAGUUGGACGACGCUCUUCGGAUCUUUGGAGAGGCCGGUCAGCGCGGAUCCCGACUUUUACGCAACGAGCGUCUGUGAAUGUAAGCAGGCCCGAGCACUAUACCUGCAAGUUUCGUUUGUGGAUAAAUCCCGUCUCUAACAGCCAGCAUGGAUGAUGGAUCCAACCGAACUACUGACGCGAGCUGCAAGGACAUUCCUCCUCUCGCCAUCGAAAUCAUCCGAAAGUUGGACAUCUUUGGCAUCAUCCUGUACUCCGUGCUCACCUUCAUGGCAACAGUGUCCAUGCUCGUCUUCAUAGAGGAGUGUAUCUACAUCUAUAGGAAAGUGCCCGCCAAUAAGAAGAGUGUAAUCAUCUGGGUGAAUGGGGCGGCACCGGUUAUUGGUGCCAUGUCGUGUCUGGGGAUGUGGAUUCCUAGAGCCACCAUGUUUACUGAUAUGACCUCUGCCUGCUACUUUGCCAUUGUGGUGUUCAAGUUCCUGAUCCUGAUGCUGGAGGAGGUGGGUGGUGACAAGGCUUUCCUGAGGCGAGCAGAGAGACAUAAACUCAAGAUCAGCACGGGGCCGUGCUGCUGCUGCUGCCUUUGCCUGCCACACGUUAACAUCACAAGGCGCUCCCUCUUCCUGCUCAAACUUGGCUCCUUCCAGUUUGCUCUCCUGAAGAUUGUCUUCACCAUCCUCUCCAUUGUCCUCUAUACCAACGGGAACUAUGUCCUGGGUGAUAUGAGCAUUAGCGGAGCUGUUAUGUGGAUCAACCCAUUUGUGGGCAUCUUGACAAUCAUAGCCCUGUGGCCUGUUGCGAUCCUGUUCGUGCACCUGAGGACUGCCCUACGGACACUCAAGAUCAUCCCCAAGUACGCCAUGUACCAGCUGGUGCUGAUACUGAGUCAGCUGCAAACAGCUAUCAUCAACAUAUUGGCUGUUACGGGAACCAUCGCCUGCACUCCGCCCUUCUCUGCCCCAGCAAGAGGAUACAUGAUGAGUCAGCAGCUUUUAAUUCUGGAGAUGUUCAUCAUCACGCUGGUUACACGUCUGCUGUAUCGUCGCCAGUAUGACCCUUUACCUGAAGAAGACAUCAAUGACAACGAAAAUACCAAGAUGGUUCCAGUGCACGGGUCUGCGUGAGAACUUAUCUUGUAGGUGUUCAUUACGGGUCACAGAUUAGCAAACUCUCCAAAACUGUUUGUGACUGAUAGGGCCGCCAACCACACACCUUAUCCGAAAGGGAUCCAGCACUAAUAACAUAAGAGUCCUGGAACAAACUAUGUGAUUUGGUAAGAAGUAUAGGGAAAACAGAAAAAAGGGUUGUUGAUACUUGAGUUUAUUGUUCAGUUUAUUUCCAGAGGAAUUUCCUUCAACUGCUCAGUUUAAACCCAAGUAAACAUUGUUAGGGUUAUUGGUGUGAUUAAUUUAUUGUAGACUAAUUUUACACUUACACAUCUUCUGCCUAUAGCUAGCUGCUGUGCACUGACUAAAAGGCUCUCCAAGUAUUAAGUACCAAAUGAAAUACCAAAUUAUUUCCCUACGAAUUUACACUCAUACAUAUGAGUCAUACAUAUGAGGUCCAUUCUAAGAAAUUACAUAAUGGGAUCCCAAAUGUAAAGUGGCACCACUUAUUUUUUUACACUGUGUUUUUAUGAGACAUUAUCGCAUACAUGAUGAUAAACUGUGUUCCUGUGUUUCUUGUCUUUCGUUUGCAUUAUGUGUCAUAAUUAUCUGGUCUGGGUCCAGACCUUUGAAUCCGCCCACAAAUGGAAGCAAAUAAUUACCAUCUACAAUGGAAGUAUUUUAAAGAUGUUCAGAUGAAAUUUCUAACUCUGUAUGAUGACUCUCUGCUGUGUCAUUUUUACAGUAUGUUCAGUUUAUCCUAUUCAGUUGCCCUGUCACACAGUAGAGUUGAAUGUUGUACCGCUAGGUGGCAGUAGAAACCAAGGUCUGGUAGAUUCACAGCUUCUGUGUGGGAUUGGCCUUAUUAUUAUCACCUAUGCUACCUGCUGUUAUUAAUGUAUCGGGCAGUUGACAUAACAGUAGUCUACCUGCAGUCAGUGUACAGUGUGCACAUUAAGCUCCUAAAUGUAUUCAGUAUAGGGUUCAUGUUCAGAGCAGAACCUUCUUGUCCAAUGGGGCCUUUUGUAGCGCAUAAGUACACUAGAUAUUUUUAAAAUGUAGGCCCAUAUCUUUUUUUUUUUUUAAUAGUCUAUGAUGUAUACCAGACGUUUUAAGAGAGUAUAACCAGUGACUGUGUAUGAAUGUGUGUGUGUGACAGUAAGUGGCCGCAGAUAAAGCAUGUUGACUGACACCUCUCCGUCCAAUAGGGUUGUUGUUGUUUCUCACUUCCUAGUUUUAAGCCAAUCACCACAGCGUGUAUAAAAAAGCCUGCACCAAGUGCGGUUGAGUUGGGCCUUUCGAAAGUACGUGCUGCCGCACAGCAUCAAAGCGGUCCAAAUAGGCCGGAAGUCUGGAGAUUCAACCUUCAAAAUAAAAUGUUUUUCACACA